UGAAAGAAAAUUAUUCCCGUGAAACCCUAUUCUUCAGCUUGGUAUCAGAGCUAACAAUUUGCUUGCCAAAAUCCUCAUUCUUCCUCUCUUUCAAUCCCUGUUCUCUGAAACCAUGUCGGAUAUUUCAAAUGAGUCCACUACUGUUCCUCAACCUUCUCUGAACAAUCCCAUCAUCACUGAUUCUUCAAAAAUCAAUCCUACCACCUCGGAAUCUCACUCUAUCCAAACCACCACGAUUCGCUUGAAUGGUGACAACUUUCUGAGAUGGUUUCAAUCAGUUCGGAUGUACAUCAGAGAUCGUGGAAAGAUGGGCUACCUGACGGGUGAAAAGAAGGCUCCUACAGUGGAUGAUCCGAACUAUGCUAUAUAGGAUGCUGAGAAUUCCAUGGUGAUGACAUGGCUUGUGAAUUCUAUGGAAGAAGACAUUAGCUCUAAUUACAUGUGCUAUCCAAUAGCACAAGAGCUUUGGGAGAAUGUAAAUUAGAUGUAUUCUGAUUUAGGGAAUCAAUCACAGAUCUUUGAAUUAACCCUCACACUUGGUGAGAUACGACAAGGGGAGGACAACGUCGCAAAGUACUUCAACUCCUUGAAGCGGAUCUGGAAAGAUCUUGACCUCUUCAACACCUAUGAGUGGAAAUCUACCGAGGAUAGACUUCAUCAUAAGAAGACCAUGGAAGACAAUCGGAUCUUCAAGUUCUUGGUUGUCCUUAAUGUCGAGUUUGAUGAGGUAAGAGGGAGAAUAAUUGGAAGACAACCCCUGCCUUCAAUUGGUGAAGUUUUUUCAGAAGUUAGAAGAAAAGAGAGUCGGAGGAAUGUGAUGCUGGGCAAGAAGGGCCCUGGAGUUGCUAUUGAAGGUUCAACCUUGGUUACCACGGGUGGAGGCUAUAAUAAAGCUGCUGCAUUUCAGCGCAAAUCAGAUGAAAGACCACAGGUUUGGUGUGAUUUUUGCAACAAAGCCAUACUCGUGAGAACUGUUGGAAAAUCCAUGGGAAACCUGCAAAUUGGAAAGGAAAAACAGGUGACAAACCAAGCCGAGCCAUUAUUCCUACUGCUAAUGAGGCUGAGACCAGCCCCUUCACCACUGAGCAAAUGGAGCAUCUUCUUGCACUGCUGAAAUCCAACUUGACAUCCGGUACUUCUAGUGUUUCUUUGGCACACACAGGAUCAGAGCUCGGGGAAGACGAUUGGCAGUGCUAGGAUGAUCAGUGGUCUCUAUUAUUUUGAGGAUAAUUUACCUAGUAAUAAAAUUGCUCAAGGACUAAGUAGUAUUAGUUCUCUUUCUGUUCGUGAUCAAAUAAUGGUUUGACAUUGCAGAUUAGGCCAUCCUAGUUUCUCUUAUUUAAAACAUUUAUUUCCAGUGUUAUUUCAAAAGGUUGAUCCUUUAUCAU